GCUGACCAAAAGACACCCACAGCGAUCGAGAUCGAUGUUACAAUACUUUCCCUUCUCUACUAGCUCGCUAGCGGCUGCGCAGCUAGCCUUCCUUCUAUUACGCUGCAAUUCAACGUGGUGCAUGUGUAUGCACCAUGAGCUACCUCCUCUCCUACAUCUCCAAGAUGCUGUGCAUCAAGAUACCGUCGGAGGCAAAGCAGCAAGCCGGCGAGGACGGCGGCGGCCCGACGACGGAGUGUUGCGUCUGCCUCUCCAGGAUCCGCGUCGGCGAGGCGACGAGGCGCCUGCCCUGCCGGCAUGCGUUCCACCGGGACUGCGUCGACCGGUGGCUCCUCUCCUGCAGGCGGACGUGCCCUCUUUGCCGGGUGUACGUCGUCGUCGACGGCAACAAGCCGGCGGCGGCGAAGCACGCCGGCGAGCAGCCGCUCGCUGAAGACAUGGUGAUCUGGUUCUCUACCAUGCUCGUGCCUGGUUUCUGACGUGUCUCUCUCGUGUCUAAGCGCAAUGAUUUUAGUCGUUCGUUUUCCGCGUGGAAUCUGGCUGUUGUUUUUCUUUUCUUAUGCAAACAUGACGAUUUCAUGCUACUACAUUAGUCGUUAUUCUCACAUCGUCACCAGUUUUUUUUUUCAAAUUUUGUAUUGGAAGUUGAUCAACUAUAUAUAUAUACAUAUCAGAGAAUGAUUGUAGAUGAUAGUUUUAGGGUCCCUUUGAAAUGGAGGAUUGACAAAGCAUUUUAAAAGUAAUCGUUAUUCUUAGGAUUUAUCCUAUAGUUCAUUGAAGGCAGAUUUUUUUUUUGACCAAUUCCAAAGGUAAAUAAGUAGGAGUUUACACCUUUUGGAAAGUUUCCUUUGUUCAUGUUUUUCCUGUGGUGUAAUUAAAGGGCUACUCUUCAAACUCCCUGUUUUCUCAACUCAUGU